GUCAGAGGGCGUGUCCACACAGAGGACAGAGGGGACUCUACAAUGGGAGACAGUUUCCGUGAGCAGCUGAUAGAGGACAGCGCCUUCCUCAGAGCUGACCGGAGACUGGACACAGAGCUGGCGGACAAACUCAUCCUUCAGCUCAACCGAAUCUACCCUCAGAUCCUCACAGACAAGGAGGCUACCAAGUUCAGAAACUUGGACGUCCCUAAAAGUGUUCGGCUGGGUGAACUCCUGACACACCUGCAGGAGAAAGGCGAGGAAGCAUGCAGGGAGUUUUACAGAGCUCUUCAUUUGCAUGUAGAGGAGGUUUAUUACAGCUUACCCACACGGCUCCGCCUCAGAGAUUCCAUGGAUCCCCUCGCAAUUCCUCGUGUCUACAAACAGAGAUAUGUUCUGAACGACAGAGGUCCCCUCUUUUUUCUGGGAUGUUUUGGAUUUGCAGUCGGAGUGGCUUUGCUCUAUUACUACAGUGAUGCUAAAGUGUCAGGAGGCAGCCGGGCCUUGGGGAUGGCCGCUCUCGGGCUGAAAAGAAAAGCUCAGGAGGUUCUUAUAUGGUACACCGAGGAAAGCUUAAUGAAGUAAAGUGUGGCUCCUUCAUAACAGGUGCUUCAGCGAUACUGCACCUAUGAAUUGUACCAAAGCACCGCACACUAUAUCAAGGGUUCAAUACUAAUUUUGUAUGUGUUUGGCACAUUGCUACAGUUUCUCUCAUGUCUAUUUAAAUGGGUGAAAGAGAUGCCUUAAAACAGUAAGAUAUAGGAAUAUUAAGUAAUUUAUUUUCUCUGCAAGUGUCUACUAAAGUAUUAUUUUACAAACACAAAUUGCACUAUUAGUUGUACUGAUUGAGACAUUCUAAACAACUAAAUAACAGGGAGAUCAAUUUUUGACUGUUGUACGGAUCCACAAAAAUAGCCUCUAAUCAAUCAAUAUCUUUUGGUUUUGUGACUUAAAUUUGACUAUUUUGUUUCGUUUGUUGGAGUCUUCAUGUGUGUUUUUUCCCCCAGUGAUGCUUUAGUAUGAAUUGAUUCAGAAGCUGUCGAUCUCAUCUUAAACAUGACCGCCACCUUGCGGCGAAAACAAGUUACAUCACCAAGACUAUUGUUUUCAUAGGAGCUUCUACAGAUUCAACUGCUCACAUUUAAACAGCAGCAAAAAAUAGAAAUCUGUUUUUUCUAUCGGUCUGUCAGAAGCAACAUCGAGCACGUAGACUGAAUAAGAUUUUUAGACAGAUUCACGGUGAUAUUCGCAAUCACGUGAUUUCCUCUACCCAUGAUACUCCGCUCUCCCGGCGCACUGCAUUGUGGGUAGACUUGUAAAUAAGCAAAAUAUAGAAACGUCGAAAGAAAAAACGUAAAUAACUGUCAGCCCGGUUCAAAGGAAAAUAGAACAACUGAGUAUCCUUGGAGGUAAUACUUGUAAGUAAAUGAGAAAAUUGCACCAUGAGUAAGACCAAGUCGUAUAACUCUGCGUAUAUAUUGUGACGCUUUUCCGGCAGUUAAUGUGUUGUAUGAAAGGAGAGAAGGUUAGCACUCCCCUUGACAAGGAUGGAAUUGGCCCUUGUGGCCUGCAACACACAUACGGUUAAGGCAUUGCCACCUACUUCGUGGCAUCUCUAACCAUGUUU